AUGCCUCCCACUUACAUCCUCGGAACCCAAAACUUCGGCACCUCCUGGACGGAGACGACCCUCCCCCAGCUGAUCACCCGUCUCGACGAUGCCGGCAUCACCCACUAUGACACCGCCGCGUUGUAUCCUGCCACCAACCCGGGUCAAUCCGAAACACUGCUGGGCCAGAUCCAGCGCGAUGACAUCCUCAUCGACACCAAGAUACUCUUCCAGCCGGGAGGUCUCCAACGCGACAAGAUGGAGCAGUCGCUGCGCGCGAGUCUAGCCCGACUGGGUGUGUCUAAGGUCAACACACUCUACGCCCACGCCCCAGAUCCGACCACCCCCAUCGCCGAACAAGCCGCCAACUUCGACGCCCUCCACCGCGCGGGCCUGUUCACCUCCCUCGGGCUGUGCAACUACUCCCCCGCCCAGCUCACCGAGUGGCUCGCUGUUUCCCAGUCUCAGGACCUCAUCGCUCCCACUGUCUACCAAGGCCAGUAUAACCUGCUGUGUCGGGGCUACGAGACGAGUCUCUUCCCCUUGUUACGCCAGCACGGGAUUCGCUUCGUAGCGAACUCGCCUCUCGCGGGUGGGUUUCUCACUGGGAAGUUGACCUUUGCGACGGGAGCGGCUCAGUUGGUGGGGACGCGGUUUGAGGUGGGUGAGGGAAAUCUGGUUGGAGGAUUGUUCCGCGCGUGGUACGAUCGUGACAUGUUUCAUGGGGCUGUCAGGAAGAUGAGGGAGAUUGUUGCUGCUGAGGGUUUGUUGGACGGUGGGGAGGAGAAGCAGGUGAUGGCUCAGGUUGCGAUGCGGUGGGUGUUAUUCCAUUCAGGGCUGCGUGGGGAGUGUGCGGAUGCAAUUGCUGUUGGGCCUGGCUCGGUGGAACAGCUUGAGACGUACCUGAAUGCUAGAGAGGAGGGACCGUUGUCGGGGGAAUUGGCGGGGGUGCUUGGGGGGUUGUUUGAGGGGGUCAAGGCUGAGGCAGAGGGGAUUCUCACGGUGGGAUGGUGGUCUUGGUGA